ACUCCGAAAAGGAGUACCAUGAAGAAAAUCAUAUAAACAAACAAAAAUCACCGAAAUCCAUUUUGUUGCCGUAGCUGUCGUAAGCGCUCUCUCUCUUGCGGUAGAAGUUUCCAACAUUGAGACGUGAAUCACUAGCCCAAGUUGAACACCGAGUUAGAAGCUCCAUCCACGACUACUGCUUUUGACCAUUACCGUUUACAGUUUCUGAUUUGUGUUGUCAGUAUCAAUUUAUGGAGUCUCUUCCUUCGGAUAUCAUACUAGAAAUCGUUUCUCGGGUUCCAGCAGAAUCUGUUUGAGUGCAAAUUAGUUUGUAAGAAAUGGGUAACUCUCAUCCGUCGAAGAAACUUCACUGAUAUGCACCUCAAUCACCAGCUGAACCAUCUCUACUGUGAUGACGACGGCGGCAAUGAUAAUAUAGCUGCUAAGGUGGAGCCAUGUCUCUUUUUUGCAUGUCGCAUUGACGAUCCAGACAUCUCAAAAGAAUCUAUCAUUUACAAUGAGAAAUACAUUUACAAUCAACAUCUCAAAAGAAUCUAUCAUCCUCCUAUGCACAACGAAUUUUUAUGUGAUCACUUAGUUGGCUCAUGCAAUGGUUUGGUUUGUGCAUUUCAAUUCCACCAUUUAGUUUUAGAUCCCAUCUAUAUUUGUAAUCCCCUUACCAGAGAAUACGUUUAUCUUCCCCAACUAGUUGUCAAGAAAGAAGAGGUCGUUCCUGAUUUUAUAGACGGAGGAGAGGUUGAGAUGCAUCAUAAUACUGCAUGCGGAUUUGGGUACGUUAGGUCAACCAAUGAGUACAAGAUUGUUAGAAUCCAUUACCCAAAAAAUGCAGAAGGAGAUGUUGAAGUAUACACACUUGGCAGUGGCUGUGGGUGGAGAGCGAUAGGUAGAGUUCCCUAUCACCUGUCGACUCUGAGGGGGGGUAAGGGUACCUAUGCCAACGAUGUGAUUUAUUGGACUUCGGGCAACAAAGUUGUGGCCUUUGACUUGGCUGAUGAGGAGUUUCGAUUGCUAUCUGUGCCUCCUUGUAUGCAAAACCUUAAGCAUGGAGAUAAAUGUGGACUUGCAGUGCUAGGAAGGCAUUUGUGCCUUUACGUGGAUAAUAAAUUAUGGAAAUCUGGUCCCUGACGAGAAGUAGCAGCUUGAAGGGAACCUGGCGUAUGGAGUUCGAUAUUGACUAUGAAGCCGUAGUAGGUUCUCGUAAAAUGGAAUUCCGGCCGAUUUUACUUACAGAGAACGGAGAAAUCAUAUUCUUGUAUGAUGAAUGGCUUUAUUCUUAUGACACGAAAACAACAUUUUUGAAGAUGAUUUCCAACGAAGCACCAACUGAUUAUUUCGAAGACGUCGAUGCAAUUGCUCAUAUAAAUACCUCUGCAUCAUUGGAAGCCAUGGGAGAAAACUCAAAGCGAUACACAGUUCGUAAUCCAUUGGACGAUGUUAUUGAUGAUUUUAACCGAGUUGCUCUAGGUGAGGGAAUUGAUACUACGCGAUUCAGACUCAGGUGAUUAUGACUUGUCCUCUCAUCCUACGUAUAUUUAAUUGUGAUGCAAGGAUUGUUUUAUUUGAUAUGUUUAAUUAAAACUCUGUUGUGAGUUCUCUCCCUUCAUUUUAAUUACACUACAAGGUUCUGGA